AAGAAGGGCUUGCCGCGGACUCGCCUACUUUGAAAUGUGACGCUCGGUCCGUAGACGCAAUUUACUUGGGGUUGGCUCGCUCGUUCUCUUCUUUCUGUUUGCUGCUUCUUGGCUUUCUCAGGAUCUCGAAGUGUAACGUCCCGGGCUGAUGGGGCGCUUCUAUGGACCGGACAGCCCGAGGAGGAGGAGGUAUAAAGUUUCGCUUUCGCUCGCCGUCUGAUGUAAUUAAAUCGCGCUGUUAUGCAAUGCUUGAAUCAGCUGACUGAAAGCAGUAAAACCGGCAGCUAAGUAUUAAGCAUCGUGUUAAACAAGAAGAGGAAAACAGACCUAUAUCAUGCUAAACUUGAAUAACCCGGAGAAAAGCGCCUUCAGAGACCCUAUUUCAUUAAACGUCGGGGGCCAAGUUUACACGACCACCCUGGGCACGCUGACCAAGUUCCAGGACUCAAUGCUGGGCGCUAUGUUCAAAGGGGAGCUACCGCUACUCAAAGAUGACAAGGGCAACUAUUUUAUCGACAGGGACGGUAAAAUCUUCCGGCAUAUCCUCAACUACCUGCGCUCCAGCUGCCUGGACCUCCCGAUUGGCUUCACAGAGAUGCCGCUGCUCAAAAGGGAGGCUGACUUCUACCAGAUCCGACCGCUGCUAGACGAGAUCGGACAGCAGGAGGGGCACGACGUCGUCGGGGCUUGCAGUCGCAGUGCCGUCCUCAGUGUGGACGUGAACUGUCAAGAUCGCGUACUGCACUUCAACUGGAAACGGGCGCCCGAGAACUACGAGCUCUACACUUGCUCCGUCAGACUCCUCACAGCCAACGUCUUCUGCACCUCCUGCGCAGUGGUCGAACUCUUGUGCCGCGCCUUCACCUACUGGACGUCUGGGGGCGCUGUGUCGCCCCUUCCCCUGGAAGGCGAACCCUGUUACUUGAGACUUGAAUGGACGCCGCGUCCACCCGAGUUGACCCUGGAGCAGUAUAACAAACACCGUUACCGUCAGUUAAAAGCACCUUGUGGACGGGAGAUUCGUGACAGUCGCGGCUUAGUGGAAGAGAUGCUGAAAGUGGCUUUAGCGCAGGGUUUUAGGGUGGACUCCAUAUUUCCGGACCAUUCGGAUAUUUUAAACUGCAGCUCCCUGCGCUUCGUCCGCUACUGUACCAACUAAUAGUGGAGGUGGACCAGGGACUCCAUGGUUUCCUUAUAAACUACCGGCUCUUCCACUGAGGGGGAACUUAACACUCAUGCAAGAUCAAUGCUUUUGUAAUCCUACUCAGCAGUGCCAAUGAAAACUUUUGUGCACAGCUGAAAGUCAAAAAACAUUCUUCUUAACUUGAAAUCCAUUCUAUAAAACUCCCGAAAAGGCUGUUACAGCUUAGGCAAUUUUUAACUAAAUGCUAGGAAUAUGAACCCUUUGGAAAGGAGUAAGCUUCAUACUUCUAUGAUGAUUGGCAAAUGACCAGUAUCCUCUGGAGCAGAAGCAGACAAGUACCCGUUUUGCACAGAAUACACAAGGACGCUUGAAUUCAUGUUUUGCAAUAUUUUUGGUUAUACUUGAAAUCAUUCUUAACUGACGUUUUAAAUGGAAUUUUUCAUAAUGUUUUAGCAGAUUUGAGAGGCAGUUACAGUCUAGUAAAAAAAGCUAAUAAAUAGUAAGAGGUCAAACUGUGCUUUACCAUAGCAGUAAUUAUAACAGUGAAAUGUUUUGUGAAGGAAUUUUGAAAAGUGAAAUCUGAAAAAGGAGAGAAUUUGAACUCUGUUAAAUCUUUCAAAAUGCAAAAUAAAAUUAUACUGAACAUUUAAGAACUGAAUCCUCAUGCCAUAUCAUACAUGACAUGAAUCCGUAACACACCAAAGCAGCCUUAGAAAUGCACAUUGGAUGUUGCCAAAGAAGCCUAUAUAAUGCAUUUUAUAAAAUUUAGAUGUAAAUUUCUGUCAUUCACUUAGGGUUUGAAAAUCAGAAUCUAAUGAUUCAAACCUCCAUCCAUCCAUUAUCCAACGUGCUAUAUCCUAACUACAUGGUCACGGGGGUCUGCUGGAGCCAAUCCCAGCCAACACAGGGCACAAGGCAGGAAACAAACCCGCGGGCAGGGCACCAGCCCACUUUAGGGCGCGCACACACACACACCCACGUACACACUAGGGACAAUUUAGAAUCGCCAAUGCACCUAACCUGCAUGUCUUUGGACUGUGAGUGGAAACCAACGCAGACACAAGGAGAACAUGCAAACUCCAUGCAGGGAGGACCUGGGAAGCGAACCCGGGUCUCCUAACUGAGAGGCAGCAGUGCUACCCACUGCGCAACCGGGCCACCCAUGACUCAAACAUUUCUCACUAAAAGUAAUUGCGGAAAAAAAAUGCAAAUGUUCUAUUGGGCGUUUGAUAUAAAUGGAAAUGCUUCUCGCUUCCAGGGUGCUCCCUUCAUGGAGUUUGCAUGUUCUCCUCAUGUCCGCAUGGGUUUCCUCCAACUACUGCAGUUUUCUCACACAAUCCAUAGAAAUGAAGGUUAUGUGGACAGGUGUUGCUAAAUUGGCGGUGAUGUGUGCACUUAUGUGAGUGUGUUCACUCCGUAAUGGAGUGACACCCUGCCCGGGGAUUACUCCUGCCUCAAGCUUACUGUGAUACUCUCCAGCUUCCCUCCAUCCCUCCUCUGAAUAGGCAGGUUUUGGAAAUGGAUGGAUAGAGGGAUGAAGAUGCUUCAUUAAAUUGGUUACAAUUUGAAGGUGGAAGCAAUUAUACAGAAUAAGGCACAGUUAAUCAGGUGUGGUUUAUACUUUUCUUUACUCAUGGAGAAAGCAGGAUAGCACAGCAGGGUCUCCACACUUGGUUACUGUAUUCUCAGUGUUCAUUUUGGCCUUCUUGUAGCAUCUCAUGUUUCGUUUUACCCCACAGACAUAAUGAAGUAAGUUCCAUUGCUAACUCCAAACUGACCCUGUAUGUGCUUGUGUCCACUCAACUACACGGACACCCCCUGUAAUUAUUGGUUCUUGCAUUUUGUCUUUCUGUUUGAAUAGAUUAGGGUUUGCCCAAAGCCAUUUUUGGAAAGAUGAGUUCAGAAAGUGAAUAGAUUAUUAAUUGUUAAUUGAAUUCACCUCUGUCAGGAAAUUCUUUAGGUAUCCUUUAAAAAUUGUAUUAUUUUAGCAAGUAAUACUUAAAUGAUGAGACAUAUUAAGAUAAGAGACGUGGCACUGUAGCACAGUGGUUAGACUUGUUGCUUUCCCGCUCCAGGAGAGUGGAUCUGGAUCUCAAGUCUAUGUGCAGUUUGCAUGAUCUCUCCAUGUCCAAAUGAGUUUUCAUACAGGUACUCCAGCAUUCUUCCUACAUUCCAGGAACUGGCACAUUAGUUUUAACGGAAGACUGUAGCCUGUGUGGAUGUGCGGAUACCUGUGCUCUGCUCCACACAGAGAUGAUUUCUGCCUAUGACCCACACUUACAAGGACAGUCUCUGACUCCCCUAACCCUGACAUGUUGCCAGUCCACAACAGGGCACAUUCAUUCACCCACCCACACUCUGACCAAACAGGGCUCAAUCUAGAGUUGCCAAUACAUUUUUUUGUUUUAUUUAAUAGUUAUGUAAUAAUGAAUACAACUACUGUCAAAGCUGCUUAAAUUUAGUGUUGUGAGUGAAGCUGACGUUUAAAACCAAAAUGUAUGCAAUGUUAAUACAUUUUACUAGGUAAAUUAUUUGCAAGUGAUGACACCCCAAUUAUAUUAGUCUACUGGAAAGUACAUUAGUAUUUCAGAGCAAUGUCCAACUUGAAUAUUUAACAAAUGUUAAAUAAUAUUAAUUAUUUACAAUUGUCUAGUGCUUUUCUGUCCUACUUAAAGAACUUAACAGAGACGGUGGGAACCACGUCAACCACCAUCAAUAUGUGGCAUCCAUCCGAAUGAUUUGGUAGCAGCCAUUCUUGUGCCAAUACACUCACCACAUAAUUGGAAUAAAUUGAGUAGUGUUUAAUGUAUCAGAGUUGAUUUCUUAAUACAUUAAGUCAAUCUGAAAUACUGAUGGUUUGAGAGGUUUUAAAUAUUUUCUGGAUAUAUAAAGUCACAUCUGAAAUAUACGGAGUAAAUUCUAAGUAUCUGUGUAUAGUCAGAUUUAAUAUGGAUUCAAUUUUAAAAAGUUAGUCAAAGUUAAUUUGCAGUACUGUGUACAAUAUUAGGUACA